AUGAAGAUGGACCAACAGGGCCCAGCCCCGCUGGUAGAGCUUGCUAUACAGAGUCUACUGGGUAAUGACCUUGCAACAAUCCAGGUUCUUGGGGAGAUACCAAGAGAUCUUUUCCCCCCAUUGUUCAUUGCUGCCUUUAACGGUGGAUAUAAUAAGACACUGACAGCCAUGGUGAGGGCUUGGCCCUAUUUCUGUCUCCAUAUUGGGGAGUUAGGAGUACAGGAAGCUCAUGAUGAACGCUUAAAAGCCAUAAUCGAUGGUCUUCAGGUCCUUCCUGAACAGAAUGCUGCUACUGGGGGCUCCAAACUGAAGGUCCUGGAUUUGAGGCUGCAUUCUCAUUGUAGGAUCAUAUGCCCUAAGAGCUUGGCCAUGCGUCCUUCUUGUUCUCAUUCUUGCCCUUCCUUGCAACACUCUCUUUUGAAAGACGAAGCCCCACACAGUAUUGUAAAUUUAGAGUCUACAUCUCAAGUGUCCAGAAGUCCUGUAGAAUUACUAGUAGAUCUUUCCCUUGAUUAUACGUCAAUGGCAGGGGAAUUUCAUUUUGCACUUCUGAGUAAAGUACAGCAGAGCUUAGGGUAUUUGCACUUCUGCUGUCGGGAUUUACAAAUCUAUGAAUUUUCAAAAUACAAAAACAUUGCUCGUUUUAUGAAUAUGGUCUGUAUUGAUCACCUUACAGUUGAUCAGGCUUCACUUAGUGAAGUCACCACACUUUUGUCUCGUAUGGUACAACUUGAGAGUCUUAGCCUGUCUAAAAUCACGUUCAGGUCUUUGAAGGGGAAAGUCUUCAGAAAGUUCCUCAGCCAUAUUGAGCGCAUGGGCACCCUCCAGCAGAUCUACUUGUCUUACUUCUGCCUACGAGACCAUCUGCAUGAAGUGCUCAGGGCCCUGCCAAGUGAGUUGGAUUUCUUGAAUCUGCCUUUCUGCGAGCUUUCUUACCGGGACUUUACACAUCUGUCCCAGAGCCCUCAGGCCACCCAACUAAAGGUGUUGAAUCUCAGUAAUAACCCAAUACGCUCAGAGGAUAUUGAGCCCCUCCAGGUACUUCUGGAGAAGCUCUCGGGUUCCCUGCAGCACCUAGAGCUAAACCGUUGCCUUAUGACUGACUCUAUACUGUCUCGUCUCCUCCCAGCCAUAAGCCGCUGUUCCAGUCUCAGUGGUUUUAGCUUUGUCUCUAACCCAAUUACAAUGUCCAUGCUCAUGAGGGUAGUACAGCACUUAACACCCUUGACAGAGCUGAAGUGUGUCUUUUAUGCUACCCCUUCACAUUGCUAUGAACAACAGUUUUUUCAUGGCAGUAUAAACCUAGAGAAACUUGCUGAAGUUGAAGCACAACUAAAUAUGAUGGUGCAUAGGGCCCACAGGGAUGACAUGAACUGGAGUACAUAUUCUGAGUGA